AUGACUGCCGACCCAUCAAAGCUUCUCGAGACGCCGAGCAUCAGCGAUUCUGGUGGAAGUGGAUGCCCCGGCGCAGCAAACGUCACUUCGAAGGAAGCGGAGGACUCGGACGAGGAUGUCGCUGGACAUACCACAGCAGUAGCUGUUGACGGCGCUGCCAAGAAAAAGAACAAAAAGAGGAAACCCAAGAAGAAGCAACAGAAAGUCCAGACCGAUCCGCCAUCGAUCCCUAUAUCGCAGCUAUUCCCAAACAACACCUUUCCCAAGGGCGAAGAGGUCGAAUACAAGAACGAAAAUCGGUACCGAACCACCAACGAGGAGAAACGGUACCUUGACAACCUCAAUAGCGAAUUCCUCUCUGACUAUCGUCAGGCAGCUGAGGCACAUCGUCAGGUCCGUCAGUGGGCACAGAGAAGCAUCAAGCCAGGUCAAACGCUCCUCGACAUCGCCAACGGCAUUGAGAAUAGCGCGCGACGUCUGGUUGGCCAUGAUGGCUUGAUCGAAGGCGACUCACUGAUAGCCGGCAUGGGAUUUCCCACAGGUUUGAAUAUCGACAACGUCGUCGCCCACUAUAGCCCAAACACCGGUUGUAAGACGGUGCUUACGCCGAACAAUGUACUCAAGGUCGAUAUUGGCAUUCAUGUAGGCGGUCGGAUUGUAGACAGCGCCUUUACGAUGGCGUUCGAUCCUAAGUAUGACAACCUACUCGCUGCCGUCAAGGAUGCAACAAAUACUGGUGUGAGCGAAGCUGGCAUCGACGUUCGGGUGGGAGAACUGGGCGGUUAUAUUCAGGAGGCGAUGGAAAGCUACGAGUGUGAAAUCAACGGCAAAACUCACCCGAUCAAGGCGAUUCGCAACCUGUGCGGCCACACAAUCCUUCCAUACUCUAUUCAUGGCACCAAGAGUGUCCCCUUUAUCAAGUCAGACGAUAUGACAAAGAUGGAAGAAGGGGACGUUUUUGCUAUCGAAACCUUUGGCAGCACCGGUAGCGGCCGAUACGUGGAAGGAGGCGAAGUCUCGCAUUACGCAUUGCGUGGUGAUGCGAAUAGAAAAGACUUGACUUUGUCAUCUGCCAGAUCGGUUUUGGGAGCUAUCAAGAAGAACUUCAGCACGAUCCCUUUCUGUCGACGCUAUUUGGACAGGAUCGGGCAAGAGAAGUAUCUCCUCGGUUUGAAUCACCUAGUAAAAUCCGGGAUUGUUGAAGAUUAUCCCCCUCUGAAUGAAAAGCAAGGGACUUAUACGGCACAGUUUGAACAUACCAUUCUACUUCGACCAAACGUCAAAGAGGUCAUUAGUCGGGGGGAUGACUUUUAA